AUGGAUACGAUGAAGACGAUGGCUUCGAACGACCGGGUCAACCAGCGUCGCCAGGGACUGUCAUGGUCUCUUAGCUUUCGGUCUUCCACAAGGAAAAGACCAGGCAAGAUUGUGAGACCCCCUACUCCUCCACCGACCUGCGAGGAAAGAGUCCAUUAUCCGGUCUUCAACCCGCACGAUCCCCGACAUAACCCUACGGCUAUUCCUCCUUCUUGGAUCCGCGGCAGCUACAGCCUGUCCGAAGACUCAUCUAGCACACAAAAUACAGGCCGUUGGCAUAGCCUAUCCAAGAGGUCCCUUCGAAAGGCACGGUCUGGACUUGACGCGAUCAGGUCGGGAAUGCACAGGCGUCCAUCCGUUGAUCAGCUAGGGCCUCGUCGAGAUAUCCCAGGACUAUGGAUGUCAACCGACUCGCGUGCAAGCUCUAUCGAUCGUCCAGAUAGUUCUUUCCCUUCGACUAUAUCGGAAGCCAGCACUGAUGACGAAUUCGAAUUCGGAACCGAUCUUUAUCGGACGCGGCCCAACGGCUCUUCCACGUGGAACCUUGAGAUUGUCAACAAGUACUUGAGCGAGGUAGGAUCGUCCCACGCGCUCCCGCCUGACAUCUACACUGAUGUGGACAUUGGUCCCGCUGGUUCGCGACUAGAAGGAGAGACCCUGAACAAUCCCAGCGAGGCGGACUCCGAGGUGACGAGACUACCGUCCAAGACGCAGACAAUUACAUGGGAUGAUCGCAUCCAACCCGGACGGAGGCCUUCCACCUCAGAUUCAAGUUCCAUCAUCUCGAGCAGGGUAUCGACUAGCUCUGAUGAAUCAACCCUUUCUCAGCUUGUCAAUGCUACCCAGGCUUUCGAGGCAUUGUGCUCAGUUGACGAGCCCGCAAAGGACAUGCUUAGCAGCCCGGGCAUUGGACGCGAUGACGAUGAUUCCUUGCCUGCCACAUCUCGAAAUAGCACCGGAUCCCUUUCAGGAGGCGUUGCAAGUCAGAACAACGAGUCUACCAGGGCUAACUCGGAGGAAGCUGACAACCAGUUAAGCAGCAAUGGCGGAGAAACAUUUGCAGAGAAACCGUCGCGAAAAACCAGUCGUGCUGGUUCCAUGAACGCGUCUGGUAGCAAUAACUCCUUUACUGGCCAGGGCAACCAACCUAGAUAUUUGAAUUGUCAAAGCGAUAGCACAGCACCUACAUCGCGUGAUCAAUCUAGUUGUUGGACUCAUAGCGAAGGGAAUGUUAGCACGCCACCUACAUCGUACACUCAAUCUAGGCGUUCAACUACUCAAAGCGAAGGCAGCUCUAGCGCGGCGCGUGCAUCAUGGUCAAACAUGUCAUCCCCAAUUGAGCACGAUGACAUACUUUCUCUGCCGUCCACGGGUCCCGGAGAUGAACACUCCGACGUCGAUGGAAAAUCAAAUGGCUUUAGCCCGGAUCAAGGCACUGCCAUCAAAUCGGAUUUAGCGAUCAUUCACGAAGGAAACAUUGACGGCACCAUCGGCCUUGGAAUCCACCAGAGUGCUUCAGUUAGCGCGCACACUGAUUUCCAGAUGGACAGCCCAUUGUACACUCAUGAAUUGGAUCGUCAACCAAGUGUCCAAUCCAGAGAAUCGAGAAAAUCAGUUGACUCGAAUGACGAUUGCUUUCUUACGUACGCCAUGUUUCAGAAACAGUAUUCUUCGUGA